AUGGCGGGCGUCGCAACCGCGGCAUAUUCUGCAGAUGCGCUACCAUCGCCUAGCGGCGUGGACGGUUCGCAAUGGGAUUUCGCUGUGCCACUGGGAAACGAGGAGAACCAACCCCCCUCGAGACCACGCCACUCGAACGACUCAAAUUUGAUCCGCGCGAAAUCUAACCGGAAGCGUCAUUCCAACGGUUCACGCAGUUCCUCCGUCUCUCGAAACGUCCACUCACACGAAUCGCCCUAUCUGGGUUCCGGCAGGGGACGGAGGGACCACAGCGUCGGCCGACGUGGGAGCGAAGUUGGCAGCAUGCGAGAUGCCCCUGGCUAUGAUACGUCCAGUCGGAAGGACAACGAGGAGGCCAAGAAUGGGCUAAAAUUAUAUUUGGAAGGGGAAACGAGCCAGGAGAAGUGGAUCCAUCGUGACAAGCUGGCCAAGAUUGAGAGCGAGGAGCUUCACCAGGCAGCCAUUCUUUUCCAGCGUCGUAUGAGAGGAGAAAGCAAAUCGAGUGCGGGACGUGGUAGAAGCCAUGAUUCUCAGCAGAGUGCUCCUAAUGGGACUGGUACGGCGACUUCGCCUGCCGCGGAAUUCUCUGAGCCCUGGCCGGAAAUGCGGGGAGAACCCGGCAAGCGUGGCGUGAACGAAUAUGUAGAUGAUGAGCGGAAGCACUGGGAUCUUCGUCGACCCGAGGAGAUUGCCGCCGACGACGCUGCAACUAGCAUCUACAGUAACCCUAGCCUGGGAAAGAGCGCAUCCCGAAUACCCGUUUCGACAGCUAGUCCUGUGCCUAUCCCAGGUAUGGGCCGUGAUUCUCGUGGACCUCGCAGCCGUGCAGCCACAGACGAAGAUGACGAUCGCUCGUCACGCGGCCGGAGAGCUAGUGAGCCCAUUAACCUUGAGUUAGAUGGUUCAACUCCAUCUCCAGGAAGCCGACCGGGCAGCCGCGGCUUCGGUACCACCCCGAACACACCAGGCAAGAAGAACCCAAGAGCUGCUUCAGGAUCUACCAACCGAAAGACUUCUGCCCCGCCCACGAACAGGAAGACUAGCACCGCCCGGUCUCGUGCUGUGUCGGGCAACACUACACAGCGACCUACCACCCGGGGGAAUGAAAGUCGGCCAACAACUGCCGCCAACCGCCCCGAAGGAGAUCCGCCAUGGCUGGCAACUAUGUAUAAGCCUGAUCCUCGUCUUCCACCAGAGCAGCAGAUGCUCCCUACCCUCGCCAAAAAGAUGCAGCAGGAGCAAUGGGAAAAGGAAGGCCGGACACCCAAUACAUACGACCGCAACUUUGCGCCCCUCGCAGUUCAUCCAUUCGAUGCACCUCCUGUUCCUUCAAAGACCGAAGCAGAACCGGAACCGGAACAGCAAUCCACCGAAAACCUCCAGCUCGAGGAAAUCCCUCGACCGUCCAAGAGUUCCGAACCUCCGCGACCAAACACGGGCAUGGGAUACAGCACCAUGCCAAAGGUGCAAGAUACACCUCCAAUGGGACUGACACCCAACCCCAACCCCAACUGGAACCCACCGGUUGUCACCGCACGCGAGCAACCGAAGAAAGAGAAGAGCUGUGGAUGCUGCAUUGUGAUGUGA